CACAGCAUCAGGCAGGAUCCUGGUGUGUAUAUAUAAGGGGACUGCCCGGGGCAGCUGUCCCCACUCCAAUUCCUCAAGCAACCAUCAUCCCAAGCAUAUCCAUUGUGCCCUACUCUUUUACCCCAUUCAAUACCAUUUCAACUGCGAAUCAAUAUGAGCCCCUACACUUCCGCGCAUACUGAUCCCCAAGGUGCCGGAGAUGCGCGACCAACCGCCCUCCAAAUCAUCCAGGAUGAGUCUCUCGAUGGUGGGCUGGUCGGCAAAGUCAUGGUCAUCACCGGCGCCACCUCUGGCAUUGGCCUAGAGACGGCUCGCGCAUUAUCUGCAACAGGCGCCACCUUGUUUCUAACGACUCGGGAUCUGAAGAAGGCCAAUGCUUCUCUCAAAGACAUCCUGGAACCAGGUAGGGUGUCGCUGGUCGAGAUGGACAAUGCCUCUUUUGCGAGCAUUCGAGAGGCGGUGACAACCAUCCUGUCCGCCUCCAAGGGUCAAGUCAACGUCCUGGUCAACAACGCGGGUAUUAUGGGGAUCCAGGAGCUUCAACUCACAGUGGAUGGCCAUGAGAUUCACUUUGCCACCAACUAUCUGAGCCACUUCUUCCUGUUUCAACUUUUGAAGCCUGCCAUGCUGGCCAGCGCGACUCCCGAUUUCCAUUCCCGGGUCGUGAUGGUUUCUUCCUCCGCCCAUCGCGCCUGGAAGUUCAACGAAAGUGACAACGACUAUAGCUUUCAAAGGAGGGAGUACCAUCAUGCAUCGGCUUAUAAUAGCUCCAAGCUAGCCAUGGUCUACAUGGCCAACGAAAUCGAUCGUCGCUACGGCCACAGUGGACUUCAUGCGACCAGCCUCCAUCCCGGCGCCAUCAACACCGAUCUCUCCAGAUACAUCGGCCCCGAGUUUGUGGAGCAGCUUCUGAAAAUCGAGAGCGUUCUCAAGGUCUUGAAAUCCCCGGAGCAAGGAGCUGCAACGACGGUUCUUGCGGCGGUGGGGCACGAAUGGGGGGAUCGGGGAGGGAGGUAUCUGGAGGAUUGCAGAGAGGCGGAACGAGGUGCAGAUGAUGAUGAUGGUUUGGGGGUGGGAUAUGUGCACCAGACCUAUGACCCGAAGCAGGAAGCGCUUCUGUGGAAGGACUCACUGGUGAUGGUGGGAAUUGCCGAUGAUGCUUGAAGAAGUAUACAGUAGUAAGGUAGUAGUAGUUCAGUAGUUCCACGGGACCAAGCAGGACUUAUCUACCACUCACUCACUCACUCGUGCCUGGGGCUAUCCCGCUUUGGGUCGCCACCAAGGAGGUUAUAGUAUGCCUUCCGCAUCAAUCCCGCUUCACUUAUACACAACCCCACGGUUGAUCCAAGAGUUGACUAUAGUCAUCCAUGACAACAUGAUUCCA